AUGCCAGUUUGUAAGAGUUGUAAAGGGACAGAAUUUGAAAGAGAUCACUCGAACGCGAACAGUGAUUUAGUUUGUAAAUCAUGUGGUUUUGUCUCCGAAGAUAAUCCAAUUGUCUCGGAAGUGACUUUUGGUGAAACAAGUGCUGGGGCUGCCGUUGUUCAAGGGUCUUUCAUUGGAGCUGGUCAAUCUCAUGCAUCGUUUAUGUCUCAUGGUGGGUCUAGUGCCUUGGAUUCUCGUGAAAAUACUUUGAAUAAUGCAAGACGGAAAUUAAGAGCUGUGUCCCAUGCUUUGAGUAUCCCGGAAUAUAUUACAGAUGCUGCAUUCCAAUGGUAUAAGUUAGCUUUGGCUUAUAAUUUUGUCCAAGGAAGAAGAUCUCAGAAUGUUAUCGCUUCGUGUCUUUAUGUUGCUUGUAGAAAGGAAAAGACUCAUCAUAUGUUGAUUGAUUUCUCUUCUCGAUUACAAGUCAGUGUCUAUUCUAUUGGUGCCACUUUCCUUAAGAUGGUUAAACGAUUACAUAUCAGUAAGUUACCGUUGGCAGAUCCGUCUUUAUUUAUUCAACAUUUUGCUGAGAAAUUAGACUUGGGUGACAAAAAGAUUAAAGUGGUUAAAGAUGCCGUGAAGUUGGCUCAACGAAUGUCACAUGAUUGGAUGUUUGAAGGUAGAAGACCGGCAGGUAUUGCAGGUGCAUGUGUUCUUCUUGCCUGUAGGAUGAAUAAUUUGAGAAGAACUCAUUCUGAGAUUGUUGCAGUAUCUCAUGUAGCAGAAGAAACUUUACAACAAAGAUUAAAUGAAUUUAAAAACACGAACUCGGGUAAAUUAUCUAUCCACGAAUUCAGGAAAGCAAGUGAAGAAUUGCCUGAUCCAAAUACUGAAGAACAAAUGAAAAAGGGAGGAUGUCGUUCUAAUACUUCUUUCCCCCCAUCUUUUAAUAGGAAUAGAAAGAACGAAAAGAAGAUUAAAGAGCAUUUAGAAACUGAAAAUGAAUUAUUAGAGACUAGUGAAGAUGCUGUUAAUAGAAAUCCUAUCCUAAGUCAAAUAUUGGGUGAACAAGAAUUAUCAUCUAAAGAAGUAUUAUUCUAUUUGAAACAAUUCUCUAAAAGAAGGGAAAGUGCCAUUCAACGAAUCAAAUCAACACAUGGGAUUGACGGGUCUAAUCUAUAUGGAAACUCUGAAAAUCCAACGUCAAGAUCAAGAUCAGGCUCUAAAUCGUUAUCAAAAGAAACUCCUGACGGAGUUGCUACUACUCAGGAUGGGACAGAAGAAGCGGUGAAAGAUAAUAUUGAUGGUCAAGCAAGUAUCAGAGGAGCAGAACUUGGUGAUGGUGAUAGUGAUGAUGAUAAUGAUAAUGAUAAUGAAGAAGAUGAAGAAGACACAAGAUUCCAAGAUAAGAUAGAUGGUUACUCAUUAGAAAGAGAUCCAUACAGACCUAAAAAUCUACAUCUUCUACCUACAACUGAGUCUUUUUUACAUAAAGUUAAUGAUGAUCCUGAAAAUCUUGAAGAUGUUGAUGAUGAUGAAUUAGAUGCACUAUUAUUAGAUGAGGAAGCUUCACAAUUGAAAGAAAGAAUAUGGAUAGGUAUCAAUUCAGAUUAUUUAUUGGAACAAGAGAACAAGAGGUUGAAAGAAGAGGCAGAUUUAUUGACUGGUAAUACUGCGACUAAGAAAAGAAGACGUAACAAUGGUGGAUCACGUAAGAGAGCUAAGACAGAACCUGAUUCAAAAGCUAAUUUAGCACAUUCUGCCAUGGGCUUGAUGUCACAAUUUCAAGAUAGAACUGGGUUACAGGCUGCGCUGAAGGCAGCAGAAGAAAGUGGUGAUUUAACAGCAGCUGAUAGCGUUAAAAAUAUGUUGCAAAAGGCAACUUUUUCCAAAAAAAUCAACUACGAUGCCAUUGAUGGCUUAUUCAGUUAA